AUGGACGCUGCCACAUACACGACCAAAACGGCCGUACCCGCCAUCGUCUCAGGCGGCGACGUGUGCCAUGAGUUCGGCAACGGACCAUCAUUCAAGCCGUACCCGGAGCCCCAUCCAACAAAGCUCGCCUCUUCGUCGUUCGUCCGAGGAGCACAUAGAGCGUUGCUACACGCCCAGUUCUCCCGCGUGUCAGCCAGGCAUGACAAAGUUUGCGCCACCCUCUGCGCCUGCGGCGUCAGCGGGCUAGUACGCGACAGAGACGCGGGCAGGGAUGUCGACGAGCCAAUAUCCACAUGCGCUGCCUGUGCGCGCGGAAGGAAGAAAAAAAAAAAAAAGGCAAAUCAUGAGGUCAGCAAUGCACAUAGACCAUCGGGGACACCACGGUCAAGAGACGGGGCCGACCUGCUGACCCGCCGUGCGGCCUGCUCGUCCCAGCGCGGGCAGCGUCUCCUGCACUUUGCUGCCGCGGCCGUGGGAGGCGGGGGGGCCUCGCACCGAGCCAGAGAAGCCCACGUCUCCGAACUCGUCGGACUCGCUCGUCUGACCGGCGAGUACGCUCCCGGAGACGAUCGACGUGAGGGAUGUGGUGCGUGUGAGACUGUGAGUGGUGUGCCGGCGGCUGGCAGCACGCGGGAACUCCCUGUAGUGUCUCGAGUUGCGCGAAUUGGUCAGCGUCGGGGACCAGCUCGCCGGGUGCCCCCCUCUGCAGUGUCCAAGAGCGGGAAAUACAACACUCGAAGCGUCGCUUUGGCGGCUGCGACCGCCGCCGCCGCCGCCGCGUCUGGCGGGGGCGAGGUGGGCUCUGUGGCUUCCGAUGCGGGCAGGAAGUGGGUCAAUGGCAGAGCGCGGUGUGCGUCGGCAAAAGGGUCUGAUGCGCUCAUGGUUGUCGUACAGCGGUGCUUACGAAAAGACGUGCAGUAUGAAUGCCAGAAGCUCAGCCAGUUUCGCACACAAUUCGAUUUGUGGAGGCCCGCCUGGUUUGCUUGUUUGACUACACAGGGCAACGGUAAACCUUGUUAG